AUGCUGCGAAUGACGACGUUACUGACGUUGCUGGUGCUGAUCCAGAUGACGGCUUUUGCUGGACGAUCACCGAUCGUGCGGCUUGGCAAGGAAGGCCCCCGAACACUCCAGAUGAUCGGUGCGAUGAGUCCACGGAUGCUGCACCGUAUCAGCGCAGAUCUGAAGCCCGACGCUUCGAAGGUCGUUCACAUCCAGGUUCCGUACUACAUCGAGCGACCCAAGGCACCAGCUCGCCCCCAAAAGAAGAAACAAUACCAACCAUGGCCACCGGCAGCCACCAUCCGAGGGCAACGCUUUGUCUCCAACACGAACCCCUUCCAGCAGCUAUCGGGGGGGUCACCGAUCCCCUUCAGCCCCGCUGCCUUUCCGUAUACUCCGAUCAGGCAAUCGCCACCGAAGACGAAAGGACUGCCAGCCUUCGAACCCGGUGUCCACGAUGUGCCCGGUCCGUACGAUACUCCGUUCGUACCCGUCAUGAAACCGAGCCCGGUCAAUCCACUACACCGGGAACCACCGCCGGAGAUCAUGUUCGAACCGAUCAGCAUCCUGCCGCUCGAAGCGCCCUCCUUUGAUACGCUGCGCAAUCACGUCAACUUCCUGAAACACAAACAGGCCGCCUUCUUCGAGGGACAGGGCCGGGAGUUUGGAUUCGGACCGUAUGGUGACGAUGGUACGCCGUUGACGGUACACCACGGUGACGAUGAGGAAGCAUUCCGGGAUGGUGGUGAGCGAAACACACUGUCGGAGGAUGAUUUCGGGCAGAACGAUCGGAAGUACGAUCGACGUGGACUACAAGCAGGGAAUGGUGAUGAACGUGGAGUAAGUGAGGAGGACGAUGAAGACUUCUACGAUCCCGAUGGAAAGGAACACGAUCAGGAGGAUCCGGAGCGAGAGGAAGACGAUUUCGAGGAUUCCCGGGAAGAGGUGCGACAGGUGUCGACGUUCGAGCCAAAGAAAACGUACACCCAAGUACGCCAUCAGGAAACGGUCCGGCAUGUACCUCGCAGCAAAGUUCCGGAUGAAAACGACGAAUCUAGACAUCGAGAUGAUGACGAUGAUGAUGAGGCAGAUGAGGACGAUCGUGCUGAUAAUGAGGGGGAGGACAACGAAGACGGGGAAGAGGAUCAUCGAAGUAGCGGACGAGCGCCAAUCAAGGAACGCGUAAAGGUGGCCCGCAAGAACAUCGUUUACUCGGAGAAGGGCCGUGAGGCGGCCAAGUUUGACCACGGAUCUGAGGAAUCAUUCGGACAGUUUGAGCAACAGCAACAGCCGCAGGAGCAACCGAAGCGAAAGAAGUCCAAACGUCAGCGCAUCAAACGUGACACCGUGGACAGCAGCAAAAGUGAAGACCAGAUGAAGCAGCUACACUCCAAGGAGGAAGCAGUACCGGAACCACUCGCGAUCGACGCGAUCAUACUGUUUGCCAACCUAACCGGAGCCGACUCUUUACCACUCGCUGAGGCACUGACCGAUCCGCGGGAACUGCACGGUGACGAGCUGAUCCGGUUUCUGGAUGAAGCGAUCCAAAACACGACCCAGUACCUACCGGAACCCUCGGCGCCCCGGAACCCGGAGGUCAUUAACAUCGUGUCGCCACCGAGUAACGUCGUCAAGUUCCCGUACUACUACCGGCCAGCGAGUGAGAUCGAUGUUGAUUCCGCAUUGCGGUACGCCGAAAACCUGACCACCUUCAGUACCGGACCGUACGCGAGUCGGGCGGACGUGGUGUGCAACGAGGUCGAUGUGGACAUCGCCGAGGAACCGGAACCGAUUGCCGACGGAGAGGGUGGUUUUCGGCCGAUCAAGCGUCUGCAAGGGCUCGGCGAUAAGAUUGACUGCCUGAAGGUGCGUCACUUUGGCAAGGAACCGCUCGAUAAUCCGCUCUUCCACGAGGAGUUUGUCGGUGUACCGCGGCAAGUGUUUACGGUGGGGAUGGCCAGCAGUGGUUCGAAGGGUGCUACGGUGGCUCCUGCUACUGCCUCCCGGCAACCCAAUCCAGCCGUAGCCGUCUACAACGAUGUGAUCCGGCACAUCAAAAAGCAUCUGGCUAGUCAGCAACGACGCAAGAACUCGAAAGCGGACGAACAGGACACGGUGAUGAUUGCGGUACCGCGCGUGAUGCGUCUCCCGGCUGAUGAAGCGGCUCGCGAGGAUCAACAAUCAGCGACCGGAGUUCAGCGACCGACACAGAAGCGUGAGGCACGGAUCUUGACCUUCCCGGAAGCGAAUCCAACGCUUCUCUCCAACCACGUCGGUAUACCGAUCUUCGACAUUAGCAAAUACUUCCCCCGCUUCAUGAUGCGCGCCAACGACGAUCUGUACGCAGAGGAGCCGGAACUGAAGACACGGGAACCACGGUUCAGCACUCCAAAACCAACACCGAAGCGCAGCACACCGAAAGCGCAACUCCAGUCUCUCGUACGAACGGCAGAACGAUUGGCCGAAGGUGCUGUUACCGUGGAGGAGAGCGUCGAGCGACAGCUGGCCUCGACCGAGAAGCCACGCGAUGACAUUGCCGAUGCGUUCGAUGAUGUGCUGACGAGGCAACCACUGAUCACUGGCUCGAGACCGCUACCACCACCGAUCAAACCGUACGAUGUGGUGGAGCACACGAAGGACGAUGGGCCGGAACCAACGUACGACAAAUCGGGACCACCGUACGCGGCCCUUGCCCUCGAACCACCGGUCGCACAGAGCAUCCUGAGUCAACGACUCGAACCGAUCAAGCGUAAUCAGCUCGAUUUCCUGAAAGCGAAACGGGCCGCAGUAACCAAGCCGUCCAAGGCGAUCGUCCGCAAGCGGCCACAACGACCGACCGUCACGCGGAAGAAGGUCCUCGUGUUCUACCACCGAUGA